CGGCGGCUUCGGGCGGAGUUUGGCGAGCAGCGACGCGGUGUAGUCAGACGGCAGUGGUCCUGGGAGGCGACAGCUCGGGUCCGGGCUUCUUUCUGCUUCUCCGCCGCAUUCACUGCCGCGCCCCGGCCUCCCGCCAAUCCUCGAUGCAGAGCUGGGCGGCCGCGUGAUGGGGCUGCGGAGCGGCGCCCUGCGGCUCGCGGCGGCCGCUGCCUGCGCUGAGGUGCGUCGGUGCCCGGCCUCCCGCGCCCCUGCGCGCCGCGGCGUCUUCUGACUCGGCCGGCUCGCCCGUCGGUCCGCAGCGCGGCUGAGGAACCUUGAACAUAACUUCAAAAGAAGAUUUGAGUUUUACUUCUGGACUGCAUAUAGAAGGCUAUCAGAAUGUCGGGAGCCUCUGUGAAGGUAGCCGUUCGAGUGAGGCCCUUCAAUUCCCGAGAGACCAGCAAGGAGUCCAAGUGCAUCAUUCAGAUGCAGGGCAACUCGACCAGUAUUAUCAACCCAAAGAACCCAAAGGAAGCACCAAAGUCUUUCAGCUUUGACUACUCUUACUGGUCUCACACCUCGCCUGAAGACCCCUGCUUUGCAUCUCAGAGCCGCGUGUACAAUGACAUUGGGAAGGAGAUGCUCUUGCAUGCCUUCGAAGGCUAUAAUGUCUGUAUCUUUGCCUAUGGGCAGACCGGUGCUGGGAAAUCCUACACGAUGAUGGGGAAACAAGAAGAGAGCCAGGCCGGGAUCAUCCCACAGUUGUGUGAAGAACUUUUUGAGAAGAUCAAUGACAACUGUAAUGAAGAUAUGUCUUACUCCGUGGAGGUGAGCUACAUGGAAAUUUACUGUGAGAGAGUACGAGAUUUGCUGAAUCCCAAAAACAAGGGUAAUUUGCGUGUGCGUGAACACCCACUUCUCGGACCCUAUGUGGAGGAUCUGUCCAAGCUGGCAGUCACUUCCUACACUGACAUUGCUGACCUCAUGGAUGCUGGGAACAAAGCCAGGACGGUGGCAGCUACCAACAUGAACGAGACGAGUAGCCGUUCCCACGCUGUGUUUACCAUUGUUUUUACCCAGAAGAAACAGGAUCCUGAGACGAACCUUUCUACUGAGAAGGUCAGUAAAAUCAGCCUGGUGGAUCUAGCAGGAAGUGAACGAGCUGAUUCAACUGGCGCCAAAGGAACUCGAUUAAAGGAAGGUGCAAAUAUUAACAAGUCUCUUACAACUUUGGGCAAAGUCAUUUCGGCCUUGGCAGAGGUGGAUAACUGCACAAGCAAGAGUAAAAAGAAGAAGAAAACUGAUUUUAUUCCUUACAGGGAUUCUGUUCUUACUUGGCUCCUUCGAGAAAAUCUAGGUGGCAACUCCCGAACUGCAAUGGUGGCUGCUCUGAGUCCCGCAGACAUCAACUAUGAUGAAACCUUGAGCACGCUGAGGUAUGCAGAUCGUGCAAAACAGAUUAAAUGCAACGCUGUUAUCAAUGAGGACCCGAAUGCCAAGCUGGUUCGGGAGCUGAAGGAGGAAGUGACCCGACUGAAGGACCUUCUCCGUGCUCAGGGGCUGGGGGACAUUAUCGAUAUUGAUCCAUUGAUGGAUGAUUACUCUGGAAGUGGAGGCAAAUAUCUGAAAGAUUUUCAGAACAAUAAGCAUAGGUACUUGCUAGCCUCUGAGAAUCAACGCCCUGGCAAUUUCUCCACAGCAUCCAUGGGGUCCCUCACUUCAUCCCCGUCUUCAUGCUCACUUAAUAGUCAGGCGGGCCUAACCUCUGUGACCAGUAUUCAAGAGAGGAUUAUGUCUACACCUGGAGGGGAGGAAGCCAUUGAACGUCUGAAGGAGUCAGAGAAGAUCAUUGCUGAGUUGAAUGAAACCUGGGAAGAGAAACUUCGUAAAACAGAGGCCAUCAGAAUGGAGAGAGAAGCCUUGUUGGCUGAGAUGGGAGUUGCCAUACGGGAAGAUGGGGGAACACUUGGCGUUUUCUCACCUAAAAAGACUCCACACCUUGUUAACCUCAAUGAAGACCCUCUAAUGUCAGAGUGUUUGCUUUAUUAUAUCAAGGACGGAAUUACAAGGGUUGGCCAAGCAGAUGCUGAGCGGCGCCAGGACAUCGUGCUGAGUGGGGCCCACAUUAAAGAAGAGCAUUGUAUCUUUCGGAGUGAGAGAAACAACACUGGCGAAGUUAUUGUGACCUUAGAGCCCUGUGAGCGCUCAGAAACCUAUGUGAAUGGCAAGAGGGUGGCCCAUCCUGUUCAGCUGCGCUCAGGGAACCGUAUCAUCAUGGGUAAAAAUCAUGUUUUCCGAUUUAACCACCCUGAGCAAGCGCGAGCAGAGCGGGAGAAGACUCCCUCAGCUGAGACCCCCUCUGAGCCUGUGGAUUGGACAUUUGCUCAGAGAGAACUUCUCGAAAAACAAGGGAUUGAUAUGAAACAGGAGAUGGAGAAAAGGCUUCAGGAAAUGGAGAUCCUUUACAAAAAGGAGAAGGAGGAAGCUGAUCUUCUUCUGGAGCAGCAGAGACUGGACUAUGAGAGUAAAUUGCAGGCCUUGCAGAAGCAGGUUGAGACUCGAUCUCUGGCUGCAGAGACAACGGAAGAGGAAGAGGAGGAGGAGGAAGUUCCUUGGACACAGCAUGAAUUUGAGUUGGCCCAGUGGGCGUUCCGGAAAUGGAAGUCUCACCAGUUUACUUCAUUAAGGGACUUACUCUGGGGCAAUGCGGUAUACCUGAAGGAAGCCAAUGCUAUCAGUGUGGAACUGAAGAAAAAGGUGCAGUUCCAGUUCGUUCUGCUGACUGACACACUGUACUCCCCUGUGCCUCCCGAACUGCUUCCCACGGAGAUGGGGAAAACUCACGAGGACAGGCCUUUCCCUCGGACAGUGGUGGCUGUGGAAGUCCAGGAUCUGAAGAAUGGAGCAACACAUUAUUGGUCUUUGGAUAAACUCAAGCAGAGACUGGAUCUAAUGCGAGAGAUGUAUGACAGGGCAGGUGAGGUGGCCUCCAAUGCCCAAGACGACAGCGAGACGACCAUGACAGGCAGCGACCCGUUUUACGAUCGGUUCCACUGGUUCAAACUUGUGGGAAGCUCCCCUAUUUUCCACGGCUGUGUGAAUGAGCGCCUUGCCGACCGCACACCCUCCCCCACUUUUUCCACGGCCGAUUCCGACAUCACUGAACUGGCUGACGAGCAGCAGGAUGCCAUGGAGGACUUUGAUGAUGAGGCCUUCGUGGAUGACACCGGCUCUGACGCAGGGACGGAAGAGGGAUCAGAGCUCUUCAGUGAUGGGCAUGACCCAUUUUACGACCGAUCCCCUUGGUUCAUUUUAGUAGGAAGGGCAUUUGUGUACUUGAGCAACCUGCUGUAUCCAGUGCCCCUGAUUCACAGGGUGGCCAUCGUCAGUGAGAAGGGGGAAGUGCGGGGCUUCCUUCGAGUGGCUGUGCAGGCCAUUGCAGCGGAUGAAGAAGCUCCUGAUUAUGGCUCUGGAAUUCGACAGUCAGGAACAGCUAAAAUAUCUUUUGAUAAUGAGUACUUUAAUCAGAGUGACUUCCCUUCAGCUGCAAUGACUCGUUCUGGUCUGUCCUUGGAGGAGCUGAGGAUUGUUGAGGGACAGGGCCAGAGUUCUGAAGUCAUCAGUCCUCCAGAAGAAGUCAAUCGAAUGAAUGACUUGGAUUUGAAGUCGGGCACUCUGCUGGACGGGAAGAUGGUGAUGGAAGGAUUUUCCGAAGAGAUUGGUAACCACCUGAAACUGGGCAGUGCGUUCACUUUCCGAGUCACUGUGCUCCAGGCCAGUGGGAUCCUGCCGGAGUAUGCAGACAUCUUUUGUCAGUUCAACUUUUUGCAUCGGCAUGACGAAGCGUUCUCCACUGAACCCCUGAAGAACAACGGAAGAGGAAGUCCCCUGGGCUUUUACCAUGUACAGAAUAUUGCAGUGGAGGUCACCGAGUCAUUUGUGGACUACAUCAAAACCAAACCCAUCGUGUUUGAGGUCUUCGGGCAUUACCAGCAGCACCCACUUCAUCUGCAAGGACAAGAGCUUAACAGUCCACCUCAGCCAUCUCGAAGAUUCUUCCCCCCACCCAUGCCACUCUCCAGACCAGUUCCAGCUACUAAGUUAAACACCAUGAACAAAACCAGCCUUGGGCAAAGCAUGAGCAAGUACGACCUUCUGGUUUGGUUUGAGAUCAGUGAACUGGAGCCUACUGGAGAGUAUAUUCCAGCUGUGGUUGACCAUACAGCAGGCUUGCCCUGCCAGGGGACAUUUUUGCUGCACCAGGGCAUCCAGCGACGGAUCACAGUGACUAUUAUCCAUGAGAAGGGCAGUGAGCUCCACUGGAAAGAUGUCCGUGAGCUGGUGGUAGGUCGGAUUAGGAAUAAACCUGAGGUGGAUGAAGCUGCAGUUGAUGCUAUCCUUUCCCUAAACAUCAUCUCUGCUAAGUCCCUCAAGUCUUCUCACAGCUCCAGCAGGACCUUCUACCGCUUUGAGGCUGUAUGGGACAGCUCCCUACAUAACUCCCUCCUUCUGAACCGAGUGACACCCUAUGGAGAAAAGAUCUACAUGACCUUAUCUGCUUAUCUGGAGUUGGAUCAUUGCAUCCAGCCAGCCGUCAUCACUAAGGAUGUGUGCAUGGUCUUCUAUUCCCGAGAUGCCAAGAUCUCACCACCACGUUCUCUGAGAAACCUCUUUGGUAGUGGCUACUCAAAGUCACCAGACUCCAACCGAGUAACUGGAAUCUACGAGCUUAGCUUAUGCAAAAUGGCAGAUACUGGGAGCCCAGGCAUGCAGAGGCGGAGGAGAAAAGUCUUGGAUACCUCGGUGGCGUAUGUUCGGGGAGAGGAGAACCUCGCAGGCUGGCGACCUCGUGGAGACAGCCUCAUCCUGGAACACCAGUGGGAGCUGGAGAAGCUGGAGCUGCUGCAUGAGGUGGAAAAAACUCGCCACUUCUUGCUGCUUCGGGAGAGACUUGGUGACAGCAUACCCAAGUCUAUGAGUGACUCACUGUCCCCCAGCCUCAGCAGUGGAACCCUUAGCACCUCGACCAGCAUCUCUUCUCAGAUCUCAACCACCACCUUUGAAAGCGCCAUCACACCGAGCGAGAGCAGUGGCUACGACUCAGCAGACAUUGAAAGCCUGGUAGACCGGGAGAAAGAACUGGCUACAAAGUGCCUGCAGCUUCUCACCCACACUUUCAACCGAGAAUUCAGCCAGGUACAUGGCAGCAUCAGUGACUGUAAGUUGUCUGACAUCUCUCCGAUUGGACGCGACCCCUCAGUGUCCAGUUUCAGCAGUUCCACCCUCACGCCCUCCUCCACAUGCCCCUCCCUGGUGGACUCCAGGAGCAGCUCUAUGGAUCAGAAGACCCCAGAAGCCAACUCUCGUGCCUCUAGUCCCUGCCAGGAGUUUGAACAGUUUCAGAUCAUCCCAACUGUGGAGACACCCUAUUUGGCCCGAGCAGGAAAGAAUGAAUUUCUCAAUCUUGUUCCAGACAUUGAAGAAGUUAGAGCGGGCUCAGUGGUGUCUAAGAAAGGAUACCUGCAUUUCAAAGAGCCACUUUCCAGUAACUGGGCUAAACAUUUCGUUGUGGUUCGUCGCCCUUACGUCUUCAUCUAUAACAGUGACAAAGACCCAGUAGAGCGUGGCAUCAUUAACCUGUCCACAGCACAGGUGGAGUACAGCGAGGACCAGCAGGCCAUGCUGAAGACACCUAAUACUUUUGCUGUGUGCACAAAGCACCGUGGGGUCCUUCUGCAAGCUCUCAAUGACAAAGACAUGAAUGACUGGUUAUAUGCCUUUAACCCACUUCUGGCUGGCACAAUAAGGUCAAAACUCUCUCGCAGAUGCCCAAGCCAGCCAAAAUACUAAGCGACCCUCCUGAGCCUUGCUCACCUUCGACAGAUAAAGAAAGUGUUACCUCUCAUUCUCUUUGUGACUCUUGACGGUUAUUCUUGUAUGUAAUCCUGUGGCUUAACGACUUUCCCUCGUCAUCCUGCACUUCUCUAGUUCUCCUGCUCCCUUUCUCCAUGGCUCUGUCCUCUCUUCAUUCUUGUGCUGACUUGUAGCAUGUGGCCUAACAAAGGGGAACAAACCCACUACACAUUCAUACACACUCACAUUCACACACCCCGAGGGGUCCAGCAGGUCUCCAAAUGAUUUUCCUGCAUACUUCAGCUUCCUUUUGGACGAUAGGUCCCCUUCAUGGUCACUGUCCGGCUGUUGUCUCUGUACAGCUCUGGUUUUCAGGGUAACUUCUCUGUCUCUCUUUCUUUUCCCCCUUUGUUUAUGAUAAUCUACUUUUUGCUGGGUGGCUGAGAGACUAAGGGAGGAGACAUUUGGUAUUUUUAGCCAGGAGAAAAAAAAA